AUGAAAGGGUAAAUUAUUAACCCCCAAAAGAGCAUGCUAUAUAUAAUAGGUGAAGUUCACCUCUAUCCAGCUUCCGAUCUAUUUAUAUUUACUUUACUUUUAAUCUAUUUUAACAUCUUUUACUAUGUGAAAUGCGAACUUUUCAUUGCGGACAUCGUGUCGUAACAUCAUAUGGGAACCACCAUGAAAAUUCCACAGUGUGCAAAUUAAUACCUACAGCGUUAAGUUUCAUCACAACUGUUGGGGCAUCAAAAAAGGUAAUAGCAAUUCGAAGAGAAGAUCAAAGUGUAUGGGAACGGAGAGCCCCAUUUGCUCCAACGCACGCAAAGAAACUGGUAAAGGAUGGCAUCAAAGUUAUCGUACAACCCAGCAACAGAAGGGCAUAUCCCAUGCAAUCAUAUCUUAAUUCGGGUGCAAUUGUACAGGAAGACAUAUCAGAAGCAAACGUCAUUUUUGGCGUCAAACAGGUCCCUAUUGACCAGUUGAUCCCAGAUAAAACAUACUGCUUCUUUUCACACACGAUAAAGGCCCAGGAGGCAAACAUGCCGAUGUUAGAUGCUAUUUUAGAGAAAAGAAUUCGACUAAUAGAUUACGAAAAAAUGGUAGACGAAAAAGGUCAAAGAAUAGUUGCCUUCGGCAAGAUGGCAGGGGUCGCAGGAAUGGUCAACAUACUUCAUGGAAUUGGUUUGAGGUUAUUAGCCCUGGGUCAUCACACCCCCUUCAUGCACAUAGGUCCAGCCCAUAAUUACCGAAACUCCAGUAUGGCACGGCAAGCUGUUCGAGAUGCCGGUUACGAAAUAGCCUUGGGCCUGAUGCCAAAAUCCGUCGGUCCUUUAACAUUCGUCUUCACAGGAUCCGGAAACGUGUCCCAAGGAUCCCAGGAGGUAUUCCUCGAAUUCCCACACGAGUAUGUUCCACCAGAACAUCUCAAAAAAGCGGCAGAACACGGCAGUCCAAAUAAAGUCUACGGAUGUGAAGUAAGAAGUAGACACUAUCUCGAAAGGGCGGAAGGGGGUGGAUUUGAUAGAGAGGAAUAUAAACAACAUCCCGAAAGAUAUAUAUCAACAUUUAGCAAAAAUAUUGCGCCAUAUGCAUCUGUCAUUGUCAAUGGAAUUUACUGGGCAGUGAACAGUCCAAAAUUGUUAACCAUUCCGGACGCCAAACAUCUCCUCAAACCUGCUCACACACCUUGGUUACCUACAUCGAUCGGGGCACCAGCUCUGCCCCAUAGAAUGUUAGGAAUAUGCGACAUCUCCGCUGAUCCUGGAGGCUCUAUAGAAUUUAUGAACGAAAACACCACAAUUGACACACCUUUCUGUCUGUACGACGCCGACAGAAACAAGGAUACCAAUAGCUUCAAAGGACCAGGAGUUCUAGUUUGUAGUAUUGAUAAUAUGCCAACCCAAAUUCCCAGGGAGAGUACCGACUUCUUCGGAGAUCUUUUGUUCCCAAUUGCCAAAGAAAUAAUUCAAAAGUCCGAUGCUACCAGGCCUUUGGAAGAACACAGUUUUUCUCCUACAGUCAAACAGGCAAUAAUCGCAAGCAAUGGUGUCUUAACCCCUGAUUUUGAAUAUAUACAGGAACUAAGACAAACGAACGGAAAAUCGAGACCUCUCUCAGGAAUGGAUCAAUCAACACAACAAAAGCAUGUUGUCAUUUUAGGAGCAGGAAGGGUAUCCGCCCCUGUAAUAGAAUACCUCCACCGAAAACCGGAGACGGCGAUCACAGUGGCUUGCGAUAAAAAAGAACUGGCAGACAAUCUCGCCAAAAAAUUCCCCGGAGUUUACACGUCAUACUUGCACGUUGGUGCAGAUUCUUCAAGCAACCUCAGAGAACUCGUAUCCCAAGCAGACGUUGUGAUCUCCCUAUUACCCUACGAUCUCCAUCCCGUAGUAGCACGAACUUGUAUCGAGGAAGGCACCCACAUGGUAACAUCAAGUUACGUCAAAGAUGCAAUCACGACCCUGCACCAGGAAGCUGUAGAUAAAGGUGUGACCAUCCUAAACGAAGUUGGCUUGGAUCCAGGAAUAGAUCACUUUUUAGCCCUUGAAUGUAUCCAUAAUACUAAAGCCCUUGGAGGCCGGAUUACAUCAUUUGAGUCGUUCUGUGGAGGUUUACCUGCCCCUGAAUUCAGCAACAACCCCUUACGUUAUAAAUUUUCAUGGUUUCCUAAAGGAGUCCUACUAAACACUCUUUCCGCAGCUAAAUAUCUCCGAAAGGGUCAAAUAGUUAAUAUAAGUGAAGGUGGUGACCUUAUGGGUGCGGCAAAACCUUUAGAAUUUCUGCCAGGUUUUAAUUUGGAAGGUUUUCCGAACAGAGACAGUACAAUUUACUCGAAAUUAUACGGAAUCGAAGACGCUCUUACAGUGUUUAGGGGUACAAUCCGAUAUAAAGGGUACACGCAGGCAAUAAGAACGUUACAAUUGCUGGGACUUCUGGACCCCGAACCCAAUCCAAUUUUGCACCAUCAAGGUCCUGAAAUAACAUGGAGAUUUCUUAUAUGCAAUCUUCUGGGAUUGGAAGAUGAUAACAUUAUGUACGAAAAUCUUAAGUCUAAAGUUGCUGAAAUAACCGGGUCAGAAUACGCUGUUGAACUUUUAGAAGAACUGGGAAUGUUAGGCAAAGCAGGAGUUGUUAAACUAGGAUCUCCACUGGACACGUUGGCCUAUUACCUUUCUAGCAAAUUAUCAUAUGAAAAAGAUGAGAGGGACCUGGUAAUUUUACGGCAUGAUAUAGGAAUUGUUUGGCCUGAUAACAGAAAGGAAGUUAAGGGAAUUAAUUUGGUAGUUUACGGAGAUGCUAGUGAACAUUCUGCCAUGGCAAAAACUGUUGGAUACCCAGCUGCUAUAGCUACUAGAAUGAUUUUAGAUGGAGAAAUACAGCAGCGUGGAGUCAUUUUACCAUUUGCAACAGACAUUUACGAACCGAUUCUCUCUAGAUUACGAGCUGAAGGAAUAAUAAGCACUGAAACAUCAAAGAUAUUAUAAUUUUAAGAAAUGUUUUUUUUGUAAUACGAGUAAGGCUCAGACUGAGUUGUUUAUAACAUAAUGCCAAAAACAAGAAAAUAUACUAUUAUGAAAGUAUG